GACUGGAAAAUCUCACCACUCCUGUUUCAGGGUAAACCCACCACCCUCCAGUCCCAGUUCAGACUCACUUACACGAUGAUCCUCAACCUGCUGCGAGUCGAAGCUCUCCGCGUGACCGACAUGAUGAGGAGGAGCUUUUCUGAGAGCCACAGGGACACUCAGGCUCACGAGAAGAGGAUCAGCCAGCUGAAGCAGUCGCUGUCCUCUCUGCCUCCUCUGGACACAGAAGGUCAGCUGUCCGACCUGUUGCCUUACUACCACACUGUGACGGAGCUACGAACCACCACCGAGGCCCUCCAGCGCGCUAUCCUGGAGUCUGUCAACGGGCUGAAGGCUCUGUCUGUGGGUCGCGUCCUGGUGGUGAACAACAAGCGGCAUGUCAACGCUCUGGGAGUCAUCCUACAGGUGUCCAACGACUCUGUGAAUCGCACCUUCACGGCUCUCAUCAUCUGUGACAAGGGCAACGAGGAAGGCGAAGGAAAAGAAAACAACAACAACGCUUUCCCUCACCUCUACAACACCGCGCUCUUCAUACCUGAAGGCCCGUGCAGCCACACGGUGCAGAAGUUGAAGCUUCACGAAAUCUCAGGCAUCACAGUGAAAACGCUCAAAGUGAUUCCAGACAGGAUCAUCGACAACUACAACAAGAGGCAACAGCCGCGGUUCAA